AUGUCUUUCAAAGGACAUAACUCUUACGGUUCGGCAACUAUGUCAUCGUCAACAACUGCGCCUGUUGGACUUUCCAACAACCUCCUCUCAACAUCUAUAACCUCUCUAUCAUCUUCACCAUCUACGCGCCAUCCGUCGCAAAUAUCGAAAACCUACCGCCAGGCUUCCACGUUAUUCCUCACGCGUCGUCUACCCGAGGCGCUGACGACGUUAUUGCCAUUGAUUACUCCACCCGAACAUGUCGAUGAAGGCGAGCCUGCGCCAGUUGCGCGUGCAUCAAGGACGACACGAAUUAAAGUAUGGAGCUUAUACCUUACGAUUCUCAAUGGUAUUAUCGAGUUAGAGCCUGAGGAGGGCAAGGAUGCAUUUGGAAACCAGGAAUGGAGAGCCUUGUGCACCAAGGUCCGUGAUGGAGAAAUUUGGGACGAGAUUGUCGCGAAUGGCUACCACGGCGUUGAGGGCGAUGUCGAUUCAGAUGUUGUUAUUAACCUCGCGACGAUAUUGUUGGCACAUGCUCGUGACCAAAAGUUAAACCAGCAUAAGCUUGAGGCCUACCUAGCUGCCUCUAACACCCCCAAUCUUGACGUCGCUGGGCGCCUUGCUGAAUCGGCAAGCUCGCCCGUUUCAAAUCGUUACCGAUCUCCUGCCAAAGGAGCCAGUGGUGCCAAUACACCUAGAGAUCUGAACGCUCGAGUCAAGAUCCUCGAGUUGUACACACUGCAUGUACUUUUGCGCAAUAACGAAUGGGACUAUGCUCGUGAAUUUAUUAGUGUCAGUUCCGUCCUAGACGAAGAACGGCGCGAGGCCUUCCUGCAAGCAUUGCAGAGUCUUCAUGAGGAGCAACAGGAGCAAGAAAAGCUAGAGAACGAGGAGCGUCAGAGACAAGAGGAGGAGUUACAGAAAGAGAUCGAGGAAGCCAAGAAGCUGCGAGCGGAGAACGAGGAGAGGGAAAGAAAACGAAUAGAAGAGGAGCGCGCAAAGCGUGAGGGAAGCGAAGUUGACUACGGCAUCGACGACACUGCCAGUCACAGCGGAUCAACUCGACCUCAGAAGAAGACCAGAGCUCCGUCGUCUUCGUCAUCGAGAGUGUCCAAGCAGUCCAAGCCACAGAGCACAAACAAGGCUGCAUCAGUAGCUGAAUCGCAGGUGGGAUCACAGGCAGGAUCAAAGGCGGGCUCAAGGGCGGGUUCGAAGGCGGGUUCGAAGGCGAACGACAAAGCAGUCUCCCGUUCUCCAACUCUAUCAUCACGCGCUUCUAUGGUCAUCUCACGUUUGGGUGCUAUGUUUGACCAGCUAAAGGCAUCGCUCAAUGCGAACCCCGCCUUUUUGUUCAAGUUUAUGGCGUUUAUCAUGGGUUUGCUGCUUAUGCUAGGCAAUGCCCAGCUGCGCGAGCGAGUGAAGAGGAUACUUUCUGUCUUCUGGGCUAAAGUCAAGGGCACAGCAGGAAUGGGGGUCAAGGUCAGCUAUAUAUGA